UUUUUACAUAUUAUGAUAUAAAAUAUUGAACACAAUUAUAAUUGUGGAAGUUUCAAAGAUAUUUUUAUGUAAUAAUACUUGAAAAGAUAUAAAGAUGUCUAAACCUAAGGAAGAUGAUAUUCUUGAGUGUUUUCUGUAUCCAAAGAUAUGUUACACAAAACCUCCAGAAACUGUAACAGAAGAAAUGCUGUUGCAAGAAAUUGAAAAGUUUAAUGAAGCAAUUGCACCGUAUGUUAAAGAUUAUAUUUGGCACAGCAGUGAAUUAAUUUUUCGUCCUCGAACAAAACAGGCCUUAUUAUUAGAAAAACUUGUUGAGGGUUCAGUGUCUUUGGAAGAAUUUAAUAUACUGCCUCAUAUUUAUGUAUGCUUACAUUUUGAUGAAGAUAUAAGUGAUGAGUGGUUUACAGUAUUUCUAAUAUUUAAACUUACACAAACUUUUGGUGGGUUAAUAGCUAAAGUAACUGAUUCUGAUGGAGAAUUUCUUUUAAUUGAAGCUGCGAAUGUUUUACCACCAUGGGCUAAUCCUGAAACAUGUGAUAACCAUGUGUUCAUUUCUAAUGGAGAAUUACAUAUUGUUCGUGAAAAGCACAAAACAUUGUUCAAUUUAUUAAAUAAUAUACAAGAAAAACCAUAUCUUUCCAAAGCUUCUGAGAAAGUACAGGAUGUUUUGAGAAAAAGAAUCAAUAUUUAUCCUGAUGAAAUCAAGAAAAGACAUCAUAAAGCCAGAGUGUUUCUACCAGAGAAAGCAGUUUUAAUACUUCGUCAAGAACCAAGAUUUGUAGCACUAGCCAUUAGAAGAAUUUGUCACUCCGAUCCAUUUGAAAGAAAAGUUUGUCGUGCUAUGAAAUAUUUUCCGCCUGAACAACGUGUUAUGGUUAAUGUAAAAAUGACCAAGUGUUUAUAUGCGAUGGCAAGUCAUUGUAGAUAUACAGGAGAUCCCAGAACAGGCUGGAACCUGCCACCAGUAACUUCUCCAAAGUAUAAUGCUCACACACUUGGUAUUAAGAUAGCAUGUGGGUUAGAAAUGUUAGUUGCCCGUGCGAAUGAAGAGCGUAGAAAAAGAGAAAAGAGAGUGGUCAAUGAUCCUGAAAAGCUAAAAGUAAACGAACAUGCUUUGAACACGUAUUUAACACGUUUAGAAAGUAGUGGUUAUUUUAGAAAUUUAUUGAAAGAUAGCCAAGAGUAUAAAAAGUUUCAAAAUGCAGCAAAAGAGUAUUACUUAGAACAUUUAUGUAAUGAUGUUGUUAAUGUUAAUAACAAAAGUGAUGCGGAGAAAGUUUUAGAAGCAUGGGAAAAUAUACAAUCUGUUGAUAUUGAAUUGCAUGCUCAAGAUGAAAGUACAUUGAGUCCUGCAGAUAGUGACAGUUGGUUAAACAUAGAUCCAGUACAAUUUGAAUCAUUCUUAAGUGAACAAUGGACAAAUGAUAGAAAUAAGAGAUAUGAACAAGAGUCGCUAAGUCUAAGAGAAAAAGUGCAAACAUUUUUAAAUCGAUCUAGUGACAUCGACGGUGUACAAUUCUUAGAAGAUCGUUCAAUGGAUACUGAUGUAAUACACGAUCCAGAAGAUAAUGGCAAAAUAGAAUUUGAUGCAGACAUAUUUGAUAGCACAUUACGAGGUAUAUUAGAUUUAGUUGUCCCCGAAAACGAGGGAGAAUUUGAAGGAAGCUCGGAAGGAUCCUUGGGUCAAGAUGAUGAGGAUAAACGUGGUGAAAUGGAUAAAUAUAUGCGAUUAUUAGAUUUAGAAUUACAAUCAGAAAUACAAAAGGAUGAGAGCUUUGAAACAAAUAAAAAUUCUGAUACCAUAGAAGAUAAUUUGUUCCAAAGUAUCAAAGAAGAAGCAGGAGGUUCAGGACCAACUGGAAAUAUAGUAGGUGGACCCGCACAACGAUUUAUGCAUUUACAGUUACAAUCGCCUACUACGGUACCUCCAGAUUUACAAAGUUAAUAAUUUUACAUUCAUGUAGGAAAAUUAAAUGAAAAUAUAGGGUGUUUUAAAAAACUUGUAUGAUAUGAAAAUUACAGAUUUUUCAUACCUGUACAUCGAAAUGUCAUUUAGCAUUUUAAAUACCAUUUUCAUUUAUUUUAUUUACUCAAUAAUUGUUCACGAUCCUUAACAACGCAUAUAUCGAAUGGAACGUUUCGAUUUUUAAUCGCUUAUGUCUCGAUUUAUUUUAACGUGUAAAAUCUGUAGCGCUCACGAUGUGUAACAUUUUUGAAACACCCUGUACAUUAAUAAUUGUUAAUGAAUUGAAAUUCUUAUUAAUCAACUAAUCACAAAUAUAAUAAAUAUAUGUGUAAUAUUUAUUAUGUUGAAAAUAAGAAAUUUAACAUAAAUAAUAACUUUGUUGCGCAUAAAAAGUGAAGUAAGAUAUAAUUAAUACAUUAAGAACUUAAUUAUUUUUCUCAUAAGCAGUUGCACAGUACUUGAUUAAUUAUAUUUUAUAUUAAUGUUGGAGUAAACUUGAUAAAGUUCAAUGUAUAUAUACGAUUAAUUAUAUUUCAAUGUUUAUUUUAUAAAGAAUAUUUAAUUACAAUAUCAAAUAUAAUAUUACAUAAUCCCAA